GUUUACAUAUACACGUAUAUAUUGGAGUGUGUCAGUUUGGUUAGUUGUAAAUGUAUAAGCAAGACAACGUAUUUACAAGGAUAAAUUGCAUGUGAUUCCGCAACUGUCCCGGAAAUCGGAAAUCUACGACAAAUGACAAUCUGGAAUAGCCUAUAUUACUGGAUCACCAUGCGAUUCAGAAGAAGCCGACUGUUACAAGUGUCGCUGAUGAUUGCAGUAUUGCUAAUCUUCAAAACUUUGAAUUUAUAUGGACAAGAGAAGUCCAAAGGGCUGGAUAUGUUCAGACAGAUUCCAACUGAGAAUAACUAUGAUCGCGGCAUUGAGAUAAAAGCGAAUGUCAUUGAGAGCCAAGAAGCAGAUGAGGAUCGUGAUGUUUUCGAAGGUGAUGGGAUCAAAACAAACCAGGGAGGGAAGAAAAGUAUUAGAGUAGCCCCAGAUGUAAUUCACCCCAUUGAAAACUCAUUACCCCCUGAUACACACCAUCACAAUAUUUUAGAAGAACGUGGAAAGGCAAAAUGGCCGGAGAGACUGAAUUGGGUAAAAAUAAAAGGCGAUAUUACAGUUUAUCUUUUAGCUGCAUUUUAUGAUGACCGUGAUACACUAAAAGACCAUUUCCGCGAGGCAGCCGUCAGAGUGAUUGCCAUAUCUGAAUCUAAACACGUAGAAAUGAUGUGUCAUUUACACUACGACGAUCGUGUCGUAAAGGUCAAGGCAGACGUAGUGCGUACAUCCGUUUUGCGACGCUUUGUAUUUGAAAAUAAACAAUUCAGAUCGAACAUUUAUUCCUGCAAGGUAAUAAAGCAACAAAAUUCAAACAAAAGCCCGAAGUUCGUGUCCAUUGUUGGUCCAUGGCAGAAAAGUCCAACUACGUUUCUUCCCAUAGAGACGCCAGGUUAUCGGAAGCCUUUAUAUAAGUUCUGUGGAUGUCAGCGUCAUUUUGGAAAUCUCGACCCCAGCCUUAUCGUUGAAAAUUUCGAAAUUCAAAAAAUGUUCGGCAUCUCAAAAAUGUUCAUUUAUACGACUGAACUUGACCGCAUUCCCGCCGCAGUGCUAGAACAUUACAUGAAGGAAGGGUUUGUUGAAGUUAUAGAGGUUCCAGCCAUGUUUGAAAACUACCCACCCAAUCAUUAUCGCCCGAACCAUAUAAGGAUAUUACAACCUCCCUCAUAUAACCAUUGUAUUUAUAGGAAUUUAUAUAAAUGUGAAUUCAUGAUUAUCAAUGACCCCGAUGAGUUCAUUGUCCCAAGGCGAGAUCAAGACUAUACGACUAUGUUGAAAAAUAUCGAUAGAAAUCACAACAUCAGUGAGGGAUAUAAAACAUCGUACGUCUUCAGAAAUGCAUUCUUUUACACUCAUCUACCCCAGAACGAGACUGAGCCUAGCUACGUCAAAUCUUUACGCCAUCAAGCCCGGAUGAAAGCAAGAUACCCGGAUGACUCCGUGAAAUCAUUUCUAAGGCCAAGUUCUUGCAUAGGGUAUCAUGUUCAUUUUUGUUGGACACAAACACAUGAGUCAAAGGGCAGAGUAAUUGUCAAUACGGAUUUUGCACUUAAUUAUCAUUAUCGUGCGUGUCAUAAAAUAUGGGAAAAGACAAAAAAGGGAAACAGAUGUGAACAAUUCAAAAACGAAUACCAAAUUGAUACGCAUAUGCUAAGAUAUAAAGACAGAAUUAUAAGUGCAAUGAGGGAUCAGGCUCAGAAAAUUGGACUUCCUUUAUCAUAGAUUUUAAACACUAGAAACCUAAAUGAAAAAAAUGUAUUUUUAAGUUGAGCAUCAUUACUUUAUCAACGUAAACUAGCUGUCACGCUAGGCCGUGUUGGCUCACCGUUCGCCACGCUUUUCAUUAAUUUCUAAUUUAUUAAUUCUUUUUUGGUAUUUGGUGUGAGGGGGAUAUCUUGCUAUAAAACUA